AUGUACGAAGUACAAAUUAUGCUGGUGCCAGCUGGUGGUCCGCCAAACCAAGGCAAGACAAGGCAGGCGCCUGGUUGGCGGCCCGACAAGGCCAAUCACGGGCGUCAAACGGCCUCUCGACUCUUCAACCCAACCUGCCCCUGUCUGGCAUCCUGCAUCCAAGUUCCAUCAACAUCACCAACCCCGACCCAUCUCCUGCUGCCGUCACAGUUGCGUCGACGGAAAGCCCAUAUUUUGGCCUCGCAAGCCACACCAGAUAGUCCGACGCAGCCAUCCAACCACGACGCGGCCUCUGGCACAACACGGCCCAGUGAUCCAUCACAGCCGCAAGGCCGCUCCGUGUGA